ACGGGUUGAGUUAGCCAAAAGAAUGAAAGACAUUCAAGGGGGACAGUCCUCAAACAGCCUCCCGAUCAAUUGGCUGUGAGGCUCAACUCCCACCCCUUCUUCCUCCCUCUUAUCCUGAGUCACCUUUGUGGAUUUUGAGUUGAGCACCAUGGGGACUCUAAAUGAUCAGGCAGUGUUACAAGCCAUCUUCAAUCCUGACACCCCGUUUGGAGACGUUGGGUUGGACCUGGGAGAGGAAGCUGAGAAGGAAGAAGUUGAUGAAGAUGGAGUUUUCCCUCAAGCACAGUUGGAGCAGUCCAAGGCCCUGGAGCUGCAAGGGGUGAUAGCAGCAGAGGCUGGCGACCUCAGCACAGCCCUGGAGAGGUUUGGCCAAGCCAUCAACCUGCUGCCGGAGAGGGCCUCAGCCUACAACAAUCGAGCCCAGGCCCGGCGUCUCCAGGGAGAUGUGGCAGGAGCCCUGGAAGACCUGGAGCGCGCCGUAACGCUGAGCGGCGGCCGGGGCCGCGCCGCCCGCCAGGGCUUCGUGCAGCGUGGGCUCUUGGCGCGGCUGCAGGUCUACAUUUUUGUUUCUGGAGAGUUAAUUUCCUGA